AGGAUAAGGUGUUUUGUUUAUAGAACCGACUUCGUGAUCAGCGAUUGUGACGAGGAGCUGCUUUUUAACGUGCCGUUUACGGGUCAAGUACGCAUCAGCGGUCUUUCUGUGAUUGGUGAUGACGACGGAAGUCACCCGGCUAAAAUUCGAGUUUUCAAGGAUCGACCCGCGAUGUCGUUUGAUGAUUGUUUGAUUGAACCGGAUCAGGAAAUCGAUCUUAAGCAGGAUCCCAACGGCGUUGUUGAUUAUCCGCUGAAGGCCGCGAAAUUUGGCACUGUAUCGCAUCUGAGCAUUCACGUCGCGAAGAAUUUUGGAGAUGAACAGACAAAAGUGAACUAUAUCGGUCUACGAGGUGAAUAUCAGGCAGAUUUUCGUCAGCAGGUCAGUGUGGCUCCGAAU